AUGGUCCCUGGGGAAGAUUCACGGAGACGUCGACACACUACGGGACAGCAAAAAGAGAUGGUGAGUUUAGGGUAAUUGGAAACGGGAGUUGUGAGAUGAAUUGGACUGAUCUUACUUGUAGAAAUGAUGAUCUCGGUCUGGGAGGGGUUUGAAUGCGGGUUCAGGGCUUUGGUCUCCUUAUUAAAAUCCUUAAGCAGGUCCAGGUUCCAGAUGGGAGCCUCGGCUGAGCGAGGUCCGGAAGAAGAGCCUGCGGUGGCGGGAGGACAGAGGAGCGGUCCGACUGCCAGCCGAAGAAAUCAGGAAAUGCUUGUGAUCAGACCGAAGAGAUCGGAAAAUCUACAAAACGUUCAGCAUCUGUCAAAGCAAUGGAGGAAAUUUAUAUGAAUGUUGAUCCUGUGAAAACUGCCUGGCAAAUUCCUGUUAGAAAAAAUGAAGGUCCUGGCAGCUCUAAGAAGAGGCUCUAUGUGGGUGUCAUCAUCUUUCUGGUUCUUCUGAAUGUUUUGAUGCUGAUUGGACUCAUCAGCCUUGGUGUUUUCUUUCAUGAUGUGAGCAGCUUGGCAGCAGAUCUCAUCGACAACAAAGACAAUCUGACUGAUCGUCACCAGGACAGUAAUGACCAGUUUUCUGUAAUGACCGAAGAAAGAGACCGUCUGAAUGCAACCCUCACAGAAAUGUCUAACGAGAUGAUCAGGCUUCAGAGUUUGUUGAGCAAAAAGAAAACCUGUCCUGAAGGAUGGAGGAUGUUCAGCUGUUCUUGUUAUUUCCUCUCUACAUCGUCUGGCUCCUGGGAUAAAGCCAGAGAAGACUGCAGGAACAGAGGAGGAGAUCUGGUGGUGAUAAACGACGAUGAUGAACAGGAUUUUGUUUCUACAAUCAUCAAAAAAUAUACAUGGAUUGGUUUGACUGAUAUAGAAACUGAGGGAUCCUGGAAGUGGGUUGAUGGCACUCCGCUGACUCACCGACUUAACAAAUACUGGGCAAAUACCCAGCCUGAUAAUGGUGGUGGAGACCCACAGUGGGGGGAAGAAGACUGUGUACUUAUCCUGACUACUAAGUUAUGGAAUGAUCUUAAAUGUUCUAAGUCUCAGCAGUGGAUCUGUGAAAAGGACCCAGUGUAAAUUGGAAGUGUGUCAGGAAUUGCUUUACAGUUGAGACUAAGUCUAGCUUGCUCUGCUUUAUGCUUGACUGGUUCUGGUCUGCAUUAUCAGAACCAGAACCAAAUGAGGAGAAGCGGCAUUUAGCAUCUAUUCACCA